UGUGCUUCGUCUCCGUGAAGCGGACGCUCACCAGGGAUCAAGCUGUCAACAGUCUUCCGACACGUCACUUUAGUGAGCCACCUGGUGAAGAACAUGUUGGUGGAGAAGGUGGAUCAGAUGAUGGAGUGGAGCUCCAGGCGUUCUGUGAUCCGGAUGAACGGCGAUAAGUUCCGGAGGUUCGUCAAGGCCCCGCCCCGGAACUACUCGGUCAUCGUGAUGUUCACUGCGCUGCAGCCUCAGAGGCAGUGCUCCGUCUGCAGACAAGCUAACGAGGAGUACCAGGUGCUGGCUAACUCCUGGCGCUACUCUUCAGCUUUCUCUAACAAACUCUUCUUCACCGUGGUGGACUAUGAUGAGGGGGCGGACGUCUUUCAGCAGCUGAAUAUGAACUCAGCCCCUACCUUCAUGCACUUCCCAGCUAAGGGGAAGCCUAAGAGGGCAGACACCUUUGACCUCCAGCGGAUCGGCUUUGCCUCGGAGCAGCUGGCCAAGUGGAUUGCAGACCGCACCGACGUACAGAUCCGUGUGUUCCGUCCCCCUAACUACUCUGGCACCAUAGCCUUGGCCCUGCUGGUGUCCCUGGUAGGAGGGCUGCUCUACCUCCGCAGGAACAACCUGGAGUUCAUCUACAACAAGACUGGCUGGGCCAUGGCCGCGCUGUGUGUGGUGUUUGCCAUGACAUCAGGUCAGAUGUGGAACCACAUCCGCGGCCCACCUUACGCACACAAGAACCCCCAGAACGGCCAAGUG